UCUAAAGAGUUGAGACAAACCACUUCCACACAUUAUUAUUCUCCUUUUUUCCCCCUUCCAGUUCCAACAAAAAAUUAAAAUAACUUAUUUUUCAAAUUUUAUAUAAAGGCUUUGUCAUUUUGUCUCUGAUUAAUUAAGAGGUUAAAGCAAGAAUCUUAGAUUCUUUCUUUUAAUCUUAAUUAAUAAAUUAAAGAGCCACAAAGUUUGAUUAUGGAUGUCAGCUGGCCAUGGGAUACUCCCACAUCUUCCCCUACUUUACCUCUGUAUUGACUUUUCCCUUUGGCCUUUUUCUUCUCUUUUCUUUUUCUUUUUCUUCCCAUUUUCCUCUCUAGUUUCUUCAUCAUUAUCUAUUUUUGCAUGCCAAGCAAAAUUCAUCCCUCAAAUCAUGCAUUUCCUCCCUAAUUAUAGGUUUCUUUAGCUCAUUUCCAUGCAUUUCCCAUUGUUCUUCUCAUCUUCCAUCUUUCUCUCUCUCUCUCUUUCUUUUCUCUUCUUUGAGACUUUUUUUUUUCUUUUUUUUUUUUUAAAACAAAAAAAAAAUUAUCUUGCAGCAUGAAGAAUGUCUGUUGGCCCUACUUUGAUCCUGAUUUUGAUACUCUUCCUGAGAGGAUAAAUGGCCCAACUUGCAGGGUCUGCAUUGACAAUGAAAGCAUGGAGGAUUGCACCAUUGUUAAGGUGGAUAGCUUGAACAAACAAGGUCUCCUCCUUGAAGUGGUUCAGAUUUUAACAGAUUUGAACCUUUCAAUCUCAAAAAGCUAUAUUUCUUGUGAUGCAGGCUGGUUCAUGGAUGUUUUUCAUGUAAAAGAUGAGAAUAGCCACAAACUUACCGACCAGAAAGUCAUCAACUCGAUCCAACAGGCAAUUGGAACAACCAAAGGACCUGAUAACUCGGCCAAAACCAGACGCUAUGCUAACAAACUUCUGGAAUCUGAUAACUCCGGCGAGCAUACGGCCAUCGAAAUGACUGGCACCGAUCGGCCCGGUCUCUUCUCCGAGAUAUCUGCUGCAUUGGCUGACCUCCAUUGCAACGUUGUGGAAGCUCAUGCUUGGAGCCACAAUGCUCGUUUGGCCUGCAUUGCUUACAUUUCGGACCAAUCUACAGAUAGUCCUAUCGAGGAUCCCAACCGGCUUGCCAGCAUUGAGGAGCAUCUCUCCACUGUCCUCAGGGCGGCAACCGCCCCUCCGAUCACCAGUUGGACGCAUACCCUGCAACAAGAAGUGAAGAUAUCAGCCACCAUAACAACCAACGUGGAGCGGCGGCUGCACCAACUCUUGCUCUCAGUUAAAGAUUAUGAUUGGACCUCUGAAUCCAUUUCAAAGAGACCCAAAAGCAAUGAAGAGUGGAGGAAGACAACGGUGGGGAUUGAAAGCUGUGAUCAGAAAGGAUACUCCAUUGUCAGCAUCGAGUGCAAGGAUCGGCCGAGGCUUAUGUUUGACACAGUUUGUACUCUUACUGAUAUGCAAUAUGUAAUCUUCCAUGCUUCCAUUAGCUCCAAGGGAGGUUAUGCUUUUCAGGAGUAUUUUAUAAGACAUGUGAAUGGGUACCCCUUGAACUCAGAGAAUGACAAGCAUAGGGUGAUAAAAUGCUUAGAGGCAGCCAUUGAACGUCGUGUUUGCGAGGGAGUGAGGCUGGAGUUAUGUGCAAACAACAGGGCGGGAUUGCUAUCAGAUAUAACAAGGGUUCUGCGGGAAAAUGGGCUGAAUGUGGUGAGAGCAGACAUAGCAACACAGGGAGAGAAGGCCAUUAAUGCAUUUUAUGUCAAAGAUAUUUCAGGCAAAGAAGUAGACAUGGAGAUGGUGGAGUCCGUGAAGAAGGAAAUUGGCCCCAUUGUCCUUCGAGUCAAGAACGAGACAAGCCCUCCAUCGACGCCUCAAAUUACCAGGUCUCGUUUCUCCUUCAGCGACAUGGUCAAGUCUCAGCUCGAGCGCCUCUCUCACAACUUCAUUGCCAUCAGGCAUUGACUCUGUCUUUAUCCUGGCAACAAUUUAAAGGGAUUGCAACAUAAAACAGAAGAACGAGAAAAAAAAAAUGGAUCAGUUAGAUGUUUAUAUGUGUAUGAUAUUGAGUUGACAUAGAAUUGGCUGUAAAUAGUAUGGGGUUUGGCAAAAUGAGAAGAUUGUGUGGCAGAUGUUAGAUGCAAAUGUGCUGUGGAGUAUAGAUUUGGAUGCACAUUCAUAAUAAUGAUGCAAAGAAAUGAUUCUUUUGUAUAGCAUGGUGAUUUAUUGAAUGAAAUGAAAGGCUUCCAUGAGCCUAAACCUUUGAAUUUAG